AUGUGUCAUGGAAUUUACACAUUAAAUUUGAAAACUUUUCCUUUUAUCAGUUUGACAAGUCCUCCACUUAUUUUAAGUUGUGUUCUUGUUAUAGUUAACCAUUUUCAAUGGUUUCAAUAUUUCACCUCGCGUUACUUUGUGUUCAUGGAAGUUGCCGCAUUUUUUGGAACAUGCAUUUGGAUGAUUCCUUUUGCAUACUUUAUUUCAAUAAGUGCUAAUGAUAAUACUUUACCAUCCUUUGAUCCAAAUGUUCAUAAUGAUGAUCAUCUCCCCGCACGAAACAAGGGAGGAAUAUUGAAAAAUUUAUUCAAUUUUAUUUUACAAAAGAAAGAUAACAUGAUUCCAAUGACAGCACAAACUAUUCCUCCUCCUCCUCCUAUUUCUUCUUCUACAUUAGUUUCAGGAAACUUAAGAAAGAAUUUGUGA